GAAAACUCUGAUAAACAAACAUGGCUGCCUCGUGUGAAUAAACAGCCGUGCUUCGACGUUCAAUAUUUUGGGACAGAACCUGACAAUGGUUGUCGGUACGGAUCCCUGCCAUCUUGGAGACAUUCUCCGUGUGAGAGGGCUGCUGGAGCUCAAGUGUCUCCUGGACAGCACAGAUGUGGUGCUCAUACAAAAAAACAUCUCCAGAACAUUUGAGAACCUGCGCUCAAAUGUGAACUCGGAAUCCUGCGUUUUGAGAGUCCGGGACAGCCCAGUUAUUAUCUGGCCAUACAAAAGUGUUCAUGUGACACCAAAAGAUAUAUCUCCAGAUACACUAUGUGAAGAGCUGCAUCAGUGGAUACAGACAGAUGAACAGGACGUUUCUGGCAAGAAAUCAAAGAAGAAGAGCAAAAAGAGCUCAGGAGCUAGACUCAUCAUUCUUAACCUGAUGAUGGACGUGACAAAACCAGGUCCCCACCCUGCACCAGUCCUCUGCAGAACCCUCCAAAAAGCCCACUUUCUGUCUACAACGCUUCCUUUAGACUGCGUCGUCUGCAUCAGCCCCGCUGACUCCAUCAAAGAUGCCUGUGAGCGCCUGUUGGAGGCGCUAACGAAUCAGCUGUGUGAGAUGGAGCGAGAGAUGCUGCGCCACAUGAAGGGAACAACGCUGGCUGUCCCCGAGCCGUUCCACUUCCUCCUUCCAGAGGCCAAAGAACUGGUGACAGUGUUAUAUCCUGCAGGGGUGCCUGAGAGCCAGCUGGAGACCCAGCGGAAGGAAUUUCAUCAACGCUUUGAGCUACCAGAGGACCGGCCCUAUUUUAGAAGAGCCAACGCUUAUCACUUCCCCAAUGAGCCCUACAAGGACGGUUACCUCCGAAACCCUCACCUGGCUCUCACACAUCCAAACCUGGACGACGGGAAGGUGUACUUGGUCCAAGGAGUCUACAGUUACCAUCACUACAUGCAGGACCGCAUGGACGACAACGGCUGGGGCUGCGCUUAUCGAUCCCUCCAGACCAUCUGCUCCUGGUUCCAGCAGCAAGGCUACGUAGAGCGACGCGUGCCAACUCAUAGGGAAAUCCAGCAGGCUUUAGUGGAUGUUGGAGACAAACAAGCCUCCUUUGUGGGCUCUCGCCAGUGGAUUGGUUCCUUUGAAGUCCACGCUGUCCUCAACCAAUUACUCGGGGUGACGUCCAAGAUUAUGUUUGUGAGUCAAGGGUCUGAGAUGGCGACCAAAGGAAGAGAACUGGCCAACCACUUCCUCACUGAAGGGACCCCUGUGAUGAUUGGAGGGGGUGUCUUAGCCCACACAAUCCUGGGUGUUGCUUGGAGUGAGACCACCGGAAUGAUUCGCUUUCUCAUCCUAGACCCUCAUUACACAGGAGCAGAGGACUUGCAGGUCAUCACAGACAAGGGCUGGUGUGGCUGGAAAGGACCUGAGUUUUGGGAUCAAGGCGCAUAUUAUAACAUGUGUCUUCCUCAGAGGCCAAAGGUCAUAUAAGUAGGGAUGCUUUGGUAGUUUUUGGUACCGGAUCCUAAUUGGGUCGGUCCAGGAGGAUCAUUAUGACUCUGAACCAAUGAUACGGCUGUGGGUACUUUUUUGUUUUUUCCAGCUGACAGUCGUAAUUAUGACAUGCUGUCACAUUCAGUGUACGAUCUGAUCAGUUUGGAAUAGUCACAAAUAAGGAGGCAACGCCACACAAAAGUCUGUAACAACAAUAUUUCUUCCUCAAAAGUCCCUUAAAAUCACGCACGCUAAAAGUUUACUCACGGCCACCGCUGCCGCACUUCAUCAACUGUUUUCAUAGGGAUCCAGUAAUCCACAGGCCAAUAUUAAUGCACUGAUAAAAGUGAAAAAAUGAUAAAGUUACUGUCACACCAGCGUGCCGCGUUUGCAGGACUAUCAAAACACACCUUGCUGAAAUGCACACCCACCUAUCAUGCUAAUAGAUUUUAUUGAUUUUUAUAUCAGAUAUGAUAUAUCAUGUAAAAGAUCUGUGCUCUGCACAUGUAUACCAUACAUAAAUAUCAUAUCUAGCUGAGUGUAAUUGUAAAAAGCAGGACUUCUCUGCUAUAAUAUAUUACAUGAUGUUGGUGGUGUACAACCUCUCCUGCUGAUAAAAAAUUGGUAAUAAAAAGUUUUUUUUUUUACAUUAUUUACGCCGAUAAUUACAUAUCGUAUUGUAUUCUAUCUAUUCUAUUCUAGUAUCGAUAACAAAUAUCGAUAUUGGUAUCAGUAUUGAUAAUAAUAAUGGAUUAGAUUUAUAUAGCGCUUUUCUAGACACUCAAAGCGCUUCACGGAGCAGUGAGAACCCAUCAUUCUUUCACACCUGGUGGUGGUAAGCUACUUUCAUAGCCACAGCUGCCCUGGGGUAGACUGACUGAAGCGUGGCUGUCAGUUUGCGCCCACGGCCCCUCCGACCACCGCCUAUCAUUCAUCAUUCAUUCACCAGUGUGAGCACUGGGGCAAGAGUCAAGUGUCCUGCCAAAGGACACAACGGCAGUGAUUUGGGUGGCAAGAGGCGGAGAGCGAACCUGCAACCCUCAGGUUUCUGGCACGGCUGCUCUACCCAUGUCCUGCCGCCUCUAUUGAUAAAAUUGUAACGAUAUACAUCUCCACAUAUGAGUGUUUUGUUCACAUGUUUUAAGAGUGAGCAGAACCAAUAGGCAGUAUAGAAAUCAGGAGGCACCACAAUGGUAAUAAAAAAAAAAUCCCCUUCAGUAUGAAUACAUUAAAAAUAGUUGAUGGUUAAAUGUCAUGCAAGGUCCAAUUAAUAUUACUAUUAAAAUCAUAAUAUCAAAAAAGUCCUUCUCUGCGCCAUCUUCUCUUCUUCUUGUCCUCUUCCAGCUCGUCGAUACCUGCAUGCUCUCUUUAUUGAUGGGAUGUGACUCCAAUUGUGUACAUGUCAAACUAAACUCUCCAGAUGAGGAGGGGAAAAACAGUAAACAAGGACAGGAAAAAUGUGUGAUGUAUUUACAUCUGACUCGCUGGCUUAUUACACAUUGUUAGUAAUACUGAACACGGCAUUCCCACAAGCCAUAUUAAUCUGCAAUACAUUUUUACAUCCGCUCACCAACAUUUCCCUGUAAUGACAAUAAAGUUGUAUAUUAUGCAUACCAGAACAAUGGUAUAUGGUUUAAUGCUAUUGGAUUUAUUUUUUAAACAUAUGUACAGUAAUCCCUUGUUUAUGACUGUUAAAAGAA